AUGGAGUCUACCGGAGAAGUUGUUAGAACAACCACCGGAAGCGACGGUGGAGUUACGGUGGUGAGAUCCAACGCACCGUCGGAUUUCCACAUGGCUCCAAGAUCAGAAACUUCAACUCCACCACCCGUCUCCGUCGCUCCUCCUCCUCCACCGCCACAAAACACCUUCCCUCCGCCGCCACAAAACUCCUUCGCUCCUCCGCAACCGCCGGCGACGACUGAAGGUUUCUCAAGCGGACCGAUGAAGAAGAAGCGAGGACGGCCGAGGAAGUACGGACACGACGGAGCUACGGUGGCUUUAUCGCCGAAUCCGAUAUCAUCAGCCGCACCAACGACUUCUCACGUCAUCGAUUUCUCGGCGUCGGAGAAACGUAACAAAGUGAAACCAGCAACUACUUCAAGCUCCUUCGUCAAGACUAAGUACCAAGUCGAGAAUUUAGGUGAAUGGGCUCCUUCCUCGACCGGUGCUAAUUUCACGCCGCAUAUAAUUACUGUUAACGCAGGCGAGGACGUAACGAAGAAGAUAAUCUCGUUUUCGCAACAAGGGUCACUUGCUAUUUGCGUUCUAUGCGCAAACGGUGUCGUUUCGAGUGUUACACUUCGUCAGCCUGAUUCAUCUGGAGGUACAUUGACCUAUGAGGGUCGGUUUGAGAUAUUAUCGCUGUCGGGAUCAUUCAUGCCAAGUGACUCGGAUGGAACACGGAGCAGAACAGGUGGGAUGACUGUGUCGUUGGCCAGUCCUGAUGGACGCGUAGUAGGCGGUGGUGUCGCUGGCUUGCUGGUUGCAGCCACUCCUAUUCAAGUGGUUGUAGGAAGUUUCAACCAGCAUGAUCAGAUACCGAAGAAGCAGAACCACAACUUUAUGCCAUCUCCAAUGCCAACCUCUUUUAGUGCAGCUGAUCCUCGAACCAUUCGUCCCACGUCUUCUUCUCUUCAUAUCAGUACAUGGACACCGCCUUUAGCUUCUGAUCCACGACACAAGCCCUCUCAUGACAUGAACAUCACUUUAAAUUGA